UCGCCCCCCGCAUCGUGGUGGACCCCAAACCCACCGUCACGGACAUCGGCUCCGACGUGACGCUGACGUGCGUGUGGUCGGGCAACCCGCCCCUGACCCUCACCUGGACCAAGAAGGAGUCCAACAUGGUCCUGAGCAACAGCAACCAGCUGUACCUGAAGUCGGUGACGCAGGCGGACGCGGGGCAGUACGUCUGCAAAGCCAUCGUGCCCCGCAUCGGGGUGGGCGAGAGGGAGGUCACGCUCUUCGUCAACGGCCCCCCCAUCAUCUCGAGCGAGGCGGUGCAGUACGCCGUGCGCGGCGACCGCGGCAAGGUGGAGUGUUUCAUCGGCAGCACCCCGCCCCCAGACCGCAUCGCGUGGGCGUGGAAGGAGAACAUCCUGGAGGCGGGGACGCUGGAGAGGUACACGGUGGAGAGGACGAACACGGGCAGCGGGGUGCUGUCCACCCUCACCAUCAACAACGUCAUGGACGCCGACUUCCAGACCCGCUACAACUGCACGGCCUGGAACAGCUUCGGGCCGGGCACCGCCAUCAUCCAGCUGGAGGAGAAAGAGGUCCUGCCCGUGGGCAUCAUCGCCGGCGCCACCAUCGGUGCCAGCAUCCUCCUCGUCACCUUCCUCGUGGCCCUCACCUGCUUCCUCUACCGGCGCCGCAAAGGAAGCCGCAAGGACGUGACCCUGCGCAAGUUGGACAUCAAGGUGGAGACGGUGAACCGGGAGCCGCUGACGCUGCACGCGGACCGGGAGGAGGACACGGCCAGCGUGUCCACGGCCACCCGCGUCAUGAAGGCCAUCUACUCGUCGUUCAAGGACGACGUGGACUUGAAGCAGGACCUUCGCUGCGACACCAUCGACACCCGCGAGGAGUACGAGCUCAAGGACCCCACCAACGGCUACUACAACGUCCGCGCCCACGAGGACCGCCCGUCGUCGCGCUCCGUCCUCUACGCCGACUACCGCAACCCCGGCCCCUCCCGCUACGACACCCGCCCCCCGUCCCGCCUGUCCCACUCCAGCGGCUACGCCCAGCUCAGCACCUACGCCCGGGGCGGCCCCCCGGCCGACUACGGCCCCUCCGAGCCCCCCCCGGCGCCCGGCGCCGCUCCCGGCACGGCGGGCGGCGAGACGGCGAGCCAGCUGUCCUACGAGAACUACGGCGGCGGCGGCGGCGGGGCCGCCUUCCCGGUGGGGCCCGGCUACGCCACGUACCGCCUGGGCUACCCCGGCAACCCGCCCGGGCUGGAGAGGGGGCCCUACGACGCCUACGACCCCAUGGGCAAGUUCGCCAGCGCCACGCGCUUCUCCUACACCUCCCAGCACUCGGACUACGGGCAGCGCUUCCAGCAGAGGAUGCAGACGCACGUUUAGGGU